AACCGCGACUUUGGUCGCAAUUGUGCGAAGACCACGCAGAGGCGUGACGCCGUUAUGGAUUCCUCGCUCUCGCUCUCUCUCUUCCACUUUGUAGUUAAUCGAUUUCGAGCACAUUUGGUAACAGAAUGCAGCGUCGGGGGAGCUUGAUAUUGUUCAGCUGGGUGAUUGGGCCCAUGCGCAGGAGCUGUAGGAUUUUGGUGCGGUGCUAUACGUUUCGGGAUUUUAUGGCUGCGUCUUUUGCUCAGCAUCCAGUGGUGACCUGAUUUUGGUUUUUGAGAAGGGUGAGGGAGAGGUCGGCCUCACGACAUCGCUUGCCGAAGCUCCUGUCUCGCGAUUCGGCAGAAAUGACGCCUCUUACGAUGGUGAGUCUUUUUGUGGCAACGGGAGUGGCAUGGUUUCUUAGCGCUGACCCGAUGAAGCUCUCGAUGGGGCGAGGCAUCUCUCAUUUCAAUCCGCAGUACGUCGAACCUACUCCUGCCCAUGUGUUUAAGGACUUCCCACGCGACAAUCAGAACAAGUUGCAGAAUGGAGAAAUCGUGGGACGAGGUCAAUUUCUGGGGCCAGAGAGCUUGACGUUCGACGCACAAGGCCGGGGACCUUACACAGGUGUCAGUGACGGUCGCAUUCUGCGAUAUGACGGUCCGGAGCGAGGGUGGACCACCUUCGCAUACACGUCAAAAAACAGGUCGGAAGUGUGCGCGCCCAAGACCUCAUUAGCCCCGAACUUUGCCUUUGAGCAUGUGUGUGGACGCCCUCUGGGAUUGCGGUUCCACAAAGAGACGGGAGACCUUUGGAUUGCAGACGCGUACCUGGGCAUCCUUAAGGUAGGACCAGAGGGCGGCCAUGCCGAGGUGGUGUUGAACGAGAUAGAGGGCGUGCCAAUGAAAUUUUUGAACGACCUCGAUUUCGAUGACGAAGGCAACUUAUACUUCACCGACAGCAGCACCCGUUGGCAGCGGAGGCAAUUCCUUCACUCAGUCAUGGAAGCCGACGACACCGCCCGGUUUAUCAAAUACAACCUCGCUACGAAGGAAGCCACUGUCCUCAUCGACCACCUCCGAUUCUCCAACGGCGUGGCUGUCAGCAAGGACGGCACGUUCGUGGUCGUCGCCGAGUGCCGGACGGGAAUUCUGUGGCGGUACUGGUUGAAGGGAAGCAAGGCAGGCACACACGAGCUCUUCGCGGAUUUGCCAGGAUGGCCGGACAACGUCCGCUGCAACGAAGCGGGCGACUUCUGGGUGGCUCUGCAUGCGCGUCGAUGCUGGUCGGAGGAGUUCCUGACCAAGCACCCUUGGAUUCGAUACUUGAUCAUCCGCCUCCCAGUCCCCGUGCAAUACGUCUACAAGCUGCUGACCGGGAAACCAUCCGGCAUGAUUCUACGCUACGGCCCUGAUGGCGCCGUGAAGGAGGUUCUCGAGGACCAAGAGGGCAAGGUAGUCAAAAUGGUGAGCGAAGUGGAAGAGCACGACGGCAAACUCUACAUAGGAUCCGUGCUCUUGCCCUACAUCGUCAUCUACACUCUCCCACCGCCUGCAACGCCAGCAACAACACCGGCUGAGGAAUCCACACCUCUGAGCUCUGAAUGACACCCACACAUUCCUCGUCGUGAGAAUUCAUCAUUGCUCAUGGUGCCACCGACACUGUCACGCCGUCAAGUCGUUCAAUACUCGCACAUUCGAUAUACAUGCUAGUGAAAAACUGGGGCAGCCUAGACAUAAUUUUAUUAGCUUCGUAGGAGUGUUAAGAAGGCCUUUUGACUUCGUAGUUUCAACCCGUGAAUGGAAAUUUUCCCCGUCUCCGAUGAUCUUUCAUGGUU